GGUUUUCAUGUCGAAACGACUUUCUUGAGUAGCAGACGACUAUUGUAUAAGUCAUGUGGUAAGGAACGAGAUUACACGAGAGUGAGAAAUAACAUUAAUAUUCUUACUUUUUGUCAUCGAUGUGGCUAGAUAAGCCACUCUCCCAGUACAUCAGUAGUCUCAAAUCAUUCUGUUUAGAAGCUCAACAGACUGCUGACCAGUUAACAGGGAUUCUGUGGAAUGGGCCUUCUGCUUGUUACAAGCAAAUAUCAGACGCAAAGUGUUUCCCAAGCUUUCCCAUUUCUAAACAUAAUAUGGCUUCUCCACCACGUUUUGCAUAUCUUGAUUUGGAGAAUAGCCAAAAUCAAAACAAUACCAACACCAAGGCUAAAUCCAACAAUGAAAUACCUGCUGGUGCCAGCAGCUUUAUGGAGGUUCUUACCCCAACUACAUUUUCUUUGGCUCUGGAAAGCAAUGCUGGAAUUGACUGCUUUGGGAAUGAGCGCCAUGCCUUGGCCAACCAAGCCAAAUUUUUUAAUAACCAGCUUUUAAGUGAUAUCACAUUGGUAGUUGUGAAGAAAAAAUAUUUCUGUCACAAAUUGAUUCUUGUGAAAUCAAGUGAUGUGUUUGAACGUAUGUUUAGUUCUGAUUGGGAUAAAUCCCAACGGAAGGAGAUUGAGCUACAAGAGGACAGUAUGUGUGCCACUGUGUUUCCACGCUUUCUUAAAUUUCUCUACAGCUGUCACGUGCGUUUGAACAUUGGCAAUACACUUUCCAUGCUAAUCCUUUCUGAUAAAUAUAAUGUAGAAGACCUUCGUAAUGUUUGCAUAAACUUUGCCUGCACUUGCAUUAUUCCACGACUACAAUUGAAAGAUGUUUUCCACAUAUGGUUCCAGUAUGCGACAAAGUGCUAUCACAAAAAAUUAGUGCAAGCUUGUGUACAAGCACUGUCUGAAAAAAUGGAUGAUAUCAUGAUGUCAGUUGAGUGGGAACAAGAAUGGCUUACUAUUGAAAGAGAUCAGCUUAUUGAAUUCUUGAAGAGUUCUGAGCUGACCAUUAAGGAUGAAUAUGAACUCUGGGAGGCUGUACUAAAAUGGUUGCUUUCUACUGAGCAUCCUACAAGAGCUGAAAACCUACGCAGUAAUGUAAAAACAGUAAUUGAACACAUUCGUUUCCCAAUGAUGACUCCUGAUCAACUAUGUCAAGUGGAGAACUGUAAAGUUGUUCUGGAGAUGCCUGAUAUAUUUCAGCCAUUCUUGAUGCAAGCCUACAAAUACCAUGCCCUCCCUCUAACCAGUAGAGCCAUGAUAAAAGAAUUCACUUCUGCUAGCUUCUUGCUACGUAAUUACACUGAUCUUCGUUGGGACAAGCGCGUUGUUAUUCAACGCUACACAGAAUGCCAGAAAUGUGCUGAGGUUAGUUUCCGAUUUGCUACACGUGCUUCCACAUUUCCUGCUCAGACGUGGGAGUGGGAGCUGAAGCUUCAUCCAAAAGGCUUUUCUUCAACUUGUGAUGACUUUAGGGCUGUUUUGUACUCCAAUCUCAUUCUUGAUCAGCCAAGACCAGUGGAAUAUUUGCUGUCGUUAGUUGAUCGAGAAAAGAUUCUGCACUCAGUAAGUGGUAAGAAAAAUUUUUCCAAAACUAGGUAUACCACUGACACUGAAAUGGACAAAAAGAUCUCUCUCAGUGACCUAUCCCAGCCCAACUGUCCUCUCUUGAUUGAUGAUAAUCUUGUUCUACAGAUUGUUCUUAGGCCAGUUGGAUAAAUGUUUGUCUUUUAUUGUUGUUUUGUAAACGUCUAAUGUCUACUGUCGUCUAAAGCCACUCACUUGCUUCCCAUCAGCUUUACAUAUUCAUGCCUACAUAUACACAAGCAUAUACUUAUACAUAUAGGAUGAUUGAAAUAAGCUCAACAAAACUGUUUCCAUUUAAACUAUUGUGAUUUUUCAUUUAAAAUCUUUUUUGUUAUUUUUGUUUUAUUUUUUGUUAAAAGAAAAGAAAAAAUGAAACUGAUAAAAUGUAUUUUCCCUCCUCAGAUUAUGCUUAGAAUAAUUUUAGUAUAUUUUCCUUUUUGUCUUUUUUUAAUACUGUGUCCAUUUAAUCAUAUCUGGAUCCUGCUGAAGCCAGUAGCUAUUGAAACAAUAUUGGUAAAUGCUUUUGCUAUAUUAACCAAAGAUAUAUAUUUUUUGGAUUAUGAACAAUAUUUUUUAACAUUAUAUUUCAUAUCUGAAGUUUUUAGGACUUUUUCUAGUAACAACUCCAUUUGUUUUUCUGGGAUUGAGUAAACUUGUUGUUUAUUAAUUGUUACACUCACAUUAUUACUGGUUUUGCAGUUUCUGUGCUAUAAGUGUGGCAUUUGAAAACAAGAUAACACUACUAUAGUUUUCAUUGACAUAAGUAAAACACCUUAACAGUUACAUUUAUGAAAAAGGAGAAAUUUGCAAUAAUUUAAGAAAUUAAAAAAUUUUUAUUGUGUCUAUUUCACUGAUUACAUCCAUGUUGUAAUAUUGACUUCAUGUUCAUACUUGCACAUGCUUUGCAUGUAAAAUUUCAACAGCCUUUUGUUAUGAAUUAGAAAUUAAAUAAAAAUUAACUGAAUGGAAAUUUGGUAUAUGUAAAGCAUAGUUAAACAGACGUUUAAAAUGUGUGCACUAAAAUACAAGACCAGGAAAGAAUGAGCGUAACAGUUUCAAAUUUCAGUUCAAAUUUUGCUAAAGCAUAGCUGAAGUCUUGUGCUCUCUUACCUGCAUUGUCACAAGUAUGAGUAUUCUAUUAAGGACACAUAUUAGCGCGAAGUUCACAGAAACAGUUUGAAAGGAAUUCUGGAAGGUAGCACAGUACCUUUUAGAUAUUUCAGUUAAAUCCAGUACAUGCCAACAUGUUUAAACAUUUAUUUUAAAAGUCUCUUUCUAUCAUGAAAUUUUUGUAGAUUCUAUCUGAAUCAACUUAAUGGAAAUGUUAACAGAUGGAACUUAAUAGAAAUGUUAACAUUAUGAUGGAAAGUUUGUUAUUAAUGUAACAUUCCCUUUAUGAUAUUAUAUUAAGAGUUUUAUGAGUUUAUUGUUGUAAAACUUAACUGAAACACUAUUACAUUCCAUUCAAUUUCAGUUUACUUUUUUAAUAAGAUGAUAACGAAAAGAAUAGAAGUACUUGGUUGAACUUUUACCUGUAACCUUAGUACCUUAUUGUUCUAAGUUCAAAACCAGGCAGGUUUUUUUUUUUACUUUUGGUUUUUCCAGGGUUUAUAAAAUCAAUACCAACAACAUAGAAGUGCUGAUGCCAAAGAAUUUAAUAUUUAUAAAGUAAUCAAAGCUAAAAUUUAGUCAAAUCAGUAUGACUAUAUUUAUAGCUAUUAUUAUGCUCAUAUUUAAGCAAAUAACUAGCUUUUCUUUUCUUCUGAACUUUUCUAAAUGUUAUUAAAUAUGAAGUGAUUUUCCUCAUCAUGGAAUCUGUGAUAAUAUAUUUAAAUGCUUUACAUUUUUUUCUUUAAGAAAGAUUUUUUAAAAAUUAAAUUGUUCAUUAAGAUAAAUAUUGAAAUUUAAUUUUCUUAAUAUGCUAUCUUUGCCUAAGAAUUCUUCUGUGUAUAUUUGUGAUGUUGUUUAACCACAGUUCAGCUGUAACAGAAGAAUAAAUAUAAGGCAGUAUUCAUUGGUUUGCAGCCCACUCUCUCAUCUUCUUUCCACUCAACAGACUGACAGCAGUAAAAUUAAUUCCCUUAGUUUUCAUUCACCAUACUGAAUUCUAAAUAUUAGACUGAAGAAAUAAAAAGUACAACACAUUUACCCUUAACACCAACUUAAGCCCACUAAGCUUAGGUGUCAUUAGAAAGUACAUGACUGACUAUAAACUGGUUUAAAAGACAUGUCUCACUCAGCUUGAAUAAAUGAAACACGCUAUCACAAACUGAUGAGUAUGGUUGUCUUAUACCAACAGCACAAAAUCUUUAAAUGUGAGGAAAUAAUUUGAUUUAGCAACAAACAAUUAUAACAGAUUCUAUAUAUUAAUUACUUUGUAUUUUGACAAGAAAAUACAAAUCCCAUACCCACACAUGCACACACAUUUGACAUCUACAAGUGCUAAUCUAGGACAGUAAAAGAGAACAAGCUCUCCAAUGGGAUUUGAACCUUGUAUCUAUUGUAUCUUUGAGAAGAUGGCAGGUGCUCUUUUAUGUGUUGGUAAUGUAGUCAUCUGGAAUAUGGUAGUUGGAAGUUUGACUCCUGUUGAAAGGCCUGUUCACUUUUAUGCCUCAGAGUGGUGCUUGUUUGUACCAUAUGUAUUUAAAAGCUUAACUGUACAUAUAUAAUUAUUAUAAAUGAUAUAUGUACUCACACACAUUUAUUUAUUUAUUUGGAGUUGUAUGUUUUUCACAAGUUUCUUGACCUGAGACUGUGUUGAAACUGAAAUAGUGUGGAAAAAUCAUGUAAUGGAACAAUGAAGUAGUUUCUUGUUCAGUUGGAACUUCUUUUAUUAAACAGCUAUAGAAAUUGAAUCCACUCCAACCAUUAAUCAAUUGCCAGUGAAAAGGCUUUGAUGAUGUAAUUAAUUAAAACAUUCCAUAAACUGAACCUUUACAUAUUUUUCACUCAUUAAUAACAAUGAAACUACAGCUAUGACAAAAAUAAACCUCUUGUGCAUUAAUGCUUUAUGGAAAAUAUUUUGAAAACUUCACAGUAUUUUGUUAAAUGUUUUUCAUCUGCAUGAUUCAUCUAGAAAAAGAAAGUAAAAUAUUAGUCCAUAUUCUAAUUUUGUUUUGUCAUUCCAAUCAAAAACAUUUACAAGCUGUUGAUAUUAUUGUUGCUAAUCUUGUUAAACAAAUUCUUAGUUUUGAUAUUUUAUAUUUAAAUGUAGACAUAAUCAUUUGUAAGGUAGGUACAUGGCUUGGUAUCAUAUGAUUUCAUAUACCGAAUGUUAUAUUAUGUAUUGAGUAUUGACUUUCAAUAUAAUUGGUAAAGCCUUCCAGCUAAGUUGAACGGAUAGGAUUUUAAACUAGGUACAAGAGUCAGAAGUUUGUAUUAUUACUGUAGUAGAUCCAUUGCAAAGACACAGAGCACUCACUUGCUCUAACUACAUAAGCUAUAAAUAAAAAUGAUAUGUGGUGACAGUCACCACUGUGAGUAGUUGAAUUACUUAUAUAACUGGUAAAUGUUCCUUUAGUUUGUGGUACUAAAAUUAAAUCCUCUUAUGAGUAUAGCACAGAGAGAUUUGGGCUUUGACAGGCUCACUUGGGAAAGAUAUAAUGCAUGGAGAGGACAUCUUAUAGUGACUGAAUAUUCUUUUAUUCUUUUACUGGUGUUAUUUAUUGUUUGUGAUUAUCUGUGCUAACAGCUUUAAGGAUUGUAAUCAGCCAUAUCAAGCCCAGUAUUUUCUUCAGUCAAGUACUAGCUAUCUGAUUGAGAUCAAUAAAAUAAGUUUUACAUUUUUUUUUUCCAUUGAUGAAUGUAAUUUGAUGUACUGUUUUCAGUUGUACACCAUACAUGCAUGCACACACACACACAUAGUUAGGCUUCUGAAGUUUAUAUUUACCAAAUUUCAGUUUCAAAGCAUUGUUCAAAACAAGAUAUAGAAAACACUUUCCCAAGGAAUCACAAUGUAAUAUGAAACCCAUAGCCAUAUAGUUGUCAAGUGAUUAGAUAACCACACAACUAUGGCACACUUUUUUUAUAUUUUGUGAGACCCUGAGGAAGCCAAUGAUAUUGUUAAUUUCCAAUAGAUAUCUUUUUGUUUCAACUUGAUAUUUCAGAGAUGUUUUUUAUAAUAAUCUAAAAAGAAAAUGGUUCUCAUAACCAUUUUACAUUCCCCUAUGUUGCUUGUCACAUUAACUGGGUGAGGCUAGAGUAAUACUACAAUUGUUUCUAAUUUUGUAAAUAUAUUCUUUUACUCUUUGUUCUAAAAAUAUGUGAGUUCAUUUGUUAGUGAACUCACACACACACACACACACUUUAUGUAUUAUUAUUUACAUUCAAAUAAAGUUUAGCUAACAAAUUAUUCUUAAUGAGGAAAAUAUGUGCUCUUAACUGCAGUCAAGCCAGAAUGCCGUUAGUAUGCAUAGAAAAUAUAUUUUGGUGGGUGAGUUUAUUGGUAUGACUUUCUGUACUAGAAGUUAUGGACCAGUGGUUUCCAUACUAGUUGUUCCUGCUCCCAUGAGGAUACUGAGAUUACUUAAGUGUGGACAGUUGUAAGAAAGCAUUAGGUUUAUUGUUGUUUUCAAAUUCUUUGUGAUUGAGUUACAAAAGUAGUGGAGAGCUGGACUAAAUUUUUGUGUUCUAAGUUCAAAUCUCAAAAGUUCAUUUUUAAAAAACUUUUACUUUCUCCCAUUCAAAUAUGUGGUCUUGUAUCAGUGUAAGAAACUUUUAACUUUUAUAAUGUUGUAUGACCCAUUCUUGCGGGUAACUCUAGAAAAUUAAACUGAGAAUAAAGCGUUAAGCCAAGAGAACAGUAGUUCAAAAUAAUUUAGGGAACACUAGUAUUAAUUAUUUUGACCAAAAGUGUGAGAGAAAAACCCCCAUUAAAUGCUAUAUUUGUUAUUUACAGUAUUAUACUGUGUAGAUUUAUACUAUAGUUUACAAAUAUUUAAUUUCUUUUUGCCAUUAUGUUCAGGAAUACUUCUUUUAUAAAAAAAAAAGACAGACUUUGAAGUUAUAUAUUUUCUACCUCUGCUUUUUGAGAGGACCAUAAAUGUGUGUUACUGUGAAUAUGUUUGUCAUCAGUUGUAUUAGUUUGUAAUAUUUCUUGUGUGUCUCAAUCAGAAGCUCUGUCCAUUACAUUACCAUAGAAAGAAAAAAAAAAGCAACUAUACAUUUUUUGUGCAUUUUACUCUUGUUAUAUAAAACUGUUUCCA